AUGGGACAGUAUAAUAACAGUCCCUUCACUGGUGAAAUACUAAAUCCUCCUUUCCCGAAGGAUUUUGAUUCAGUACGCUUGCCGAAAUACGAUGGAAGCCAGGAUCCACAGGUCCUCAUAGAUGCUUUUGAUACGAACAUGUAUAUCCGAGGGAUAAAUGAGCCCCUCAUAUCUCGGAUAUUUUCCAUAACUUUGACUGGGGCAGUGCAGACAUGGUUUUCAACCCUCCCUGCCAAUUCCAUUGGAUCUUUUGAUAAAUUUGGACAAACGUUUAAAGAUGCUGCCUUGCAAGUGUUGGGUUUGCAAGAAAAUGUCCAUGUUCACUUCAUUGUGGCUGGCCUUGAUGGAUCAUCUAGACUGGCCAAGUCAGUAUACAAAGACCAUGUGAGAACAUUGGAGGAGUUCAGAAAUCGUUCCAAGAAAUACUUGGAACUUGAACAAAUGGAGAUAGCAAAUGCACUAUCAGAGGAAGGAAAAAGAGCAAGCCCAAGAAGGAAGAGCCCAACCCCAAGAGAAAAGGAUCGACCCGGUAAUAAAAAGAAAGAUUCCAGAGGCAGGAAUCUGGAUGAUAGAGAUCGGGUAGGAAUAUAUGAAAAAUAUACACCGUUGAAUGCCUCACGUUCUCAAAUUUGGAGGAAAGUGGCAAUGACAGAGAUGAAGAAAUGCUGGGAUCUCCGGGAUGCUGUGGAGAAAUUUGUUAGAGAAAGGAAACUACGCCAGUAUGUGAUCAAGACUCAGGGUUCUAGAAAUAACAAGAGAAAGUCUGGAAACUGGAAGAGAAGUAAGAGUCCAGUACCUGAGAAGAAAAAGAAGGAAGAAAGGAACCAGAAAGAUGAUUCCAACAAUGAUGAAUUCCCUGAAGCCGAGUUCGAUUGCAAUGUGAUUAAUGGAGCUCUUGGAGGAGAAGGGGAUACUGUAAGUUCUAGCGGAAGGCAUGUGGAUGGACUAGUCGUCACUGGAACUCUGGUAAAUUACCGGGUUAAAAAGAUCUUCAUAGAUACAAGAAGUAGUGCCGACAUUAUAUUAUGGGAUGCCUUCAAGAAGUUGAACCUUGACGAGGAAGACCUCAAGCCUUCAAUGGAGAAAAUACACCUCCUAAAGGCUAUAUAG